CAACAACACAAAGCCCAACAUCAAUAUGUCUUCCCGACUCACGCCGAGUGAAGCCUACGAGGUGGAGAUCUUGAAUAAAUUCCAACGUGAUGGGGGCCGCCCUGUCUACAAUAUUCUGGAGCUUUACGAGGACGCUAACAAGAAUUUCCACGAGUAUCAGGAGAGAUUCCAACCUUGGCAAGAUCCUAAAUACCCGGACGACCGGGCUUACCAGGUACUCUGCAGACAGCUGCUUCGAUGGGACCAAUUUCGCCAGUGGCAAGACAGUAACAGAGGGCCGCAAGAAAUCUCAACUACCACACCAACGCUGUGCAAUUUCAAAAGGAUGAAAGGGUGGCGGUUCCCAGUGAGGCCAUCGGACGCUCUCGCAAUCAGGGAGCACAAAAAACUUUACUGGACGCAGGAUCUCUUCAAGCAGCACAUGCAGCUUGACCUCCCACAACACACCCUCGCCGUAAAGCGCCUCCUCGAGAAGCAUGGCUUCCAGCAGCCGUUCCUGCUCAAGGAAGACCCCAAAGACCAAGGGAAGCUGUCCACAUGGGUUGAGUAUCUGGCUUUUGAGCUCUUGUGCUUGGAGUUGUAUUCAACAGCUUCUACGAAGCUCAAGGCGGACUACGAUCAGAAGUGGGAGAAGCUUGUGCAAUCGGGUUUCUUGAUGACUUCCGAAACUGAGACAUCAGUGCGAACCGCCAAAGCCAAGAAGGAGCGCAACGAGCGCCUGAACACUGCCGUGCGAUGGUACGCUUCAGCGCAGUCCGAUCCAACUAACACCCUGACCUUGGACAUGGCAAAGGUCCACCUGAAACAGGUGGAAAGACGAAACAUUUCCAUUGCAGAAUUUGUCGACGGUUCUGCAGACUACGUGGAGGCAUCCGCACGCGCUGCCCGCCAUGAGAAAAUCGUGCAGUGGAUCAGGGACGAAAUCCCUUCCGUCGUGGCUGAGAUUACCGACUGGCAGAAGGAUGGGGUCCCUGGGUUCAACUUGAAGAAGCGGACGCGCGACUCGGAUGCAGAGGAGUCGGUCGGGAGCAUCUUCAAAAGGCAGAAGCCGGAGGGGUCGAGGAAGAUUGCUCCACUCAACGGGUUUGGCACUGGGCUCAACGCUGGGUCGUUUUCUCAAAACGGCCAAGGUCAAGGUCAGGAUGAGAGCCAUGAGGACGCAUGCAUGGAAGAUAUCUGA